AUGUCUGGUCGUGGAAAAGGAGGGAAAGGCUUAGGGAAGGGUGGUGCUAAGAGGCACCGUAAAGUCCUUCGCGACAACAUCCAGGGCAUCACGAAGCCUGCCAUUCGCCGCUUGGCUCGUCGUGGGGGAGUGAAGCGGAUUUCCGGGCUCAUCUAUGAAGAGACCCGAGGAGUCUUAAAGGUCUUUUUGGAGAACGUUAUCCGGGAUGCGGUUACCUACACUGAGCAUGCCAAGAGGAAGACGGUGACUGCUAUGGACGUCGUUUAUGCUUUGAAACGCCAAGGUCGCACCUUGUACGGUUUUGGUGGUUAAAAGGCUACAUUUCCACUGCUGACAAAAGCAAUCCAAAGGCCCUUUUUAGGGCCACCCACGCAGUC